AUGGAAUUCUGGAGAAAGAAGGUGAAGGAAAAGAAGAAGGAGAAGGAGAAUAGCCUGGCAAGGAAUUGCUUCCUCAGGAAUGGGAGCACAUUUCUUCAGAAACUCAUAGCUGACUGCAACGGCAUAUCAAUUCCCAUCAGAAUGUUUUCUUCCGAUCAAAUCUCCAAGGCCACAGAUCACUUCCAUCCAGAGUGUUCUCUCGACGAAGAAAUCGAUAUAUACUUCACCUGGUACAAGGGCGACAUCAUCGAAGGCAGACCUUACACGAUCAAGAGAUAUUCAGAGCCAUGGUAUCGAAAAGAAGACCAGACAGCUUACAACGACAUUGUCUUGUCUGCUCGUGUAAGUAAUCACAGUGGUUUCCCCAAACUCAUCGGUUGUUGUCUCGAAUCUCCUUGUCCGGUGUUGGUCUUUGAAGACCUAGACUAUACAGUUUUGAACGAGAGAGGAAGUCUUGGCAGCAUGGACGCGCCGUUGUUGCCGUGGAACGCACGUUUAAAGAUCGCUAAGGAAGUUGCGGUUGCUAUAACUUAUCUUCACACGGCUUUCUCUAGAAUCAUUAUACACAGAGAUAUAAAGGCAAGUAAUGUUUUCUUGGAUAAGAAUGGGAAGGCUAAGCUCACUGAUUUGUCGAGUGCAAUAACACUCCCUGAGGGUGAAUCAUGUAUUGAAGAUUCGGUGGUUGGAACAAACGGAUACACGGAUCCUACUUAUUUCUUUACAAACCUGUUGACAGAAUAUUCGGAUGUGUUCAGUUUUGGAAUCUUUAUGUUGGUUCUUGUCAUGGGAAGACCACCAAUGUUGAAAGGAUCAAUUGGUCGAUGGGAUUUUAAGAUUCUUGAAUGUGUGAAGGAUCUGCAGGAGAGAGGAGAACCUGUUGUGUUCGGGGGUGAUUCCAAGGAUAUGAGGCCUUGUCAGAUGAAAAUGUUUCUUGAGCUGGCACUGAGAUGCUGUGAGAAGAGAAAUGAAGAUAGGCCAAAGAUGAUUGUGGUGGCAAAAGAGCUUAAGCUCAUAGAAAAUGGGUCUGAAGAUGGUGGCAUUGCUGUUGCUGAAGUUGUUGGUGGCUUCCAUGAUUUGAAGAAAGAAAAGGAAAAGGAAAAGGAGAAGGAGAAGGAGAAGGAGAAGAGCAAAGUGGAGAAUCGCAUCCUCAGGAAUGGGAGCAAGUUUCUUCAGCAACUCAUUGUCGACUGCAACGGCAUAUCAAACCCUAUUCGAAUGUUCUCUUCCAAUCAAGUCUCCAUGGCGACGAGUCACUUCGAUCGCAAGUGUUAUCUUCUUAACGAUUUACAUGCAUGCUUCUCCUGGCACAAGGGCGACAUCGAAGGCAGACCUUACUUGAUCAAAAGAUAUACAGAGCGAUUGUAUCUAAAAGACGAGAGGGCUUACAACGACAUUGCCUUGUCAGCUCGGGUAAGUAAUCACAGUGGUUUCCUCAAACUCAUAGGUUGUUGUCUCGAUUUUCUUCUUCCAGUGUUGGUGUUUGAAGACCUAGAAUGUAGAGUUUUGAACGAUAGAGGAAGUGUUGGCUGCUACUUGGACGCCCCGUUGUUGCCAUGGAAUGCACGUCUAAAGAUUGCGAAAGAGGUUGCGAUUGCUAUAACUUAUCUCCACAUGGCUUUCCCUAGAAUCAUAAUACAUAGAAAUAUAAAAGUAGAGAAUGUUUUCUUGGAUAAGAAUGGGAAGGCCAAGCUCACUGAUCUCACACGUGCUGUAGCACUCCCCGAGGGUAAAUCAUGGAUUCUUGAAAAGAUUGUGGUUGGAACUCUCGGAUACGUAGAUCCGAGUUACGUCAAGACGAACGUAGUGACAGAAUAUACAGAUGUGUACAGUUUUGGAAUCCUUAUGCUGGUUCUUCUGACGGGAGAAUCACCAAAUACAGGUAUACCAAAUUGGGAUUUUCUUAUAAAAGUGAGGGAUCUGCAUAAGAGAGGGGAACCUGUUGAAUUCGGGUGUGAUUCAGACGACAUGAAUCCUGGUCAGAUGAAGAUGUUUCUUGACCUGGCAUUGAGAUGCUGCGAGGAGAAGAGUGAAAACAGGCCAAAGAUGAUCAUGGUGGCAAAAGAGAUUAAGCUCAUAGAAAAAAGAUCAUCUGAUUGUUCUGAGAUGCAUGAAAAUGGGUCCCAUCAGCAACUCAUUGCCUCUGACAGCAACGAGAUAUCAAACCGUAUCCAAACCUCAAAGUCCACGAGUCACCGCGACACCAAGUGUUAUCUCAGUCCUUACGUGAUUGUCACAAGCUUUGUCUUUACUAUCCUUUUCUCUUACUUUGUUAUCAAGUUAUUUUCUUAAAAACCAGUCUACUAUUAUAACCUGGUUGGUACUUUAGUUUUUCGGUUAGUGUUUUGGUUUGUACGCUGAAACAUAGCUCCCAUGAAUGUUUUCAAGGAUACAGAGUUCUUGUCUUGGAAUGGAAGAAAGUAGGUGGCAAAAGAGAUAGCCA